AUGGCCAUCCACACUGUACACCAACCGCAGAAGCACCACGUCUGGGAUAACAGCAUACCACCAGUCGUCACCAUCAAGUCUGGUGAUACUGUCCACUUCGACUGUAUCGACGCAUCCAACGGGGCCAUCCAGCCCACCACCGUCGCCGGCGACCUACUGAAGUGCGAUCUGUCCACCUUUGACCCGGCACAGGGCCCGGUAUAUGUUGAAGGCGCCGAACCUGGCGACGUCCUUCAGAUCGACCUUCUCGAGCUUGAGACCGCAGAUUGGGGCUGGAGCGCCGUCUUCCCCGGCUUUGGUGUCUUGACCGACGAGUUUGACACUAAGGCACCCGCCAUCAAGAUCUGGAAGAUCGACCACGAGGCCCAAUGCGCCUGGUUCGACGAGGAGCACACCAUCCGCAUACCUCUGCGCCCGUUCUGCGGUGUCGUCGAGGUCAAAGGCGCUCUAUUCUCGUGCGGAGAUGGGCACGCAGCACAGGGAGACGGAGAGGUCUGCGGGACAGCCAUCGAGACUCAUAUGAAGACCAAGUUCAGGCUCACCGUCCGCAAGGACAAGCCGUACACCAAGACGCCUCAUUUCAAGACGGCUCGUGUUCCCGGAGCAGAUCAGGAGGAAUACUAUUGCACUACCGGUGUUGAAGAUAGUUUUGAGAAGGCCACUCGUGAGGCCGUGCGCAACAUGGUCGACUUCCUCUGCGCGGAGAAGAGUUUGUCGCGCAUGGAUGCGUACAUGUUGUGCAGCGUCGCAUGCGAUCUACGGAUCCACGAAGCGGUUGAUGUUCCCAACUUUGUCGUUGGCAUGAUGCUCCCCAUGUCUAUCUUCGUUGGGAAGGAGCUUAGUGGUCUUUGA